CACAUUUGGAAAGCUGCAAAACUUACUUGAUAACUACAUAUCUCGAACGAAAAGGUACACUCUUACACUCACCUGUUUUUCAUAUAUUACUCUCGGCUAGUGUAAAUCGCGUGCAACAGUAAAACGAAGGGUGGGACACAAUCACACAACCCACAAAGUAUCCACCUCCAGUGAGCCACCAACCGACCUACCGUAUGCGAAGAACUUUGUGAACUAAACAGCCACCACUCGACAGGAGUUUUUUUUUCUGUGGGAACUUAUCGUCCUUUGUUGCCAGUAGUAAACUGACCUCAAGAGGAUUAACAGCAACAACCCGGAGGAGCCGUCUACGUGCGAACAAAAAAUUCAAACGGCAGUCGGUGGAAGAGGUUAUGCCAGGCAACAAUGUGAAACGCGUGUGAUUCCGAACUUGCUUUUGAAGUUCCUAGCUGUGAAACUAUUCCACAAAACCGAAAGUAUUACAAAGUUAACCAUGCUCAAACACAUUGGGCGUCCAAAAGUGGAUUAGAGCAAUGGGAAAAGUGGCCUUUUGAAGUUUUUUUUUAUAUAGUGCACCAAGCUCAACAGUUUUUUGGGUGAAAACUAAAAGUUAUUAUUUCACACAUCGUCGGCAGAACAGUGAAGUGGAAAAAUCGUUCUAACUGGUUCCAGCAGAAUCAAAACUAGCAGCCGGAGAAUGGAGAUUCCAGAAACGGGAGCCGUGUUCACCAUGGGGAAAUCAUUUUUAUCCGACACGAUUGGAACGGUCCGGCACCGGCAAGCUCUGCAACCCGUUCGCCGGCAACAACCACCACUGCCGCCGACGGAAGAUGACCACGGCGGGGGCGGAACACCAAAGCGGCAAACCAGUUCCUCAACCGCAUCGUCCUGUUUGGCAAUGGUAACUUCCACGGUUGGCCACACGGAUAAGCCGACAGAAUCGCACAGCAACGGAAGCAUCAGUCCCACCAGUAGUAGCCUGAGAUCACCAGGGCAACAACGGCAACAGCAGAGUUAUUUUUUCAUUAAAAAUGAUCCGGUGAUAAAAAUCGUUUGCGGAAGCAAGCAGAGUGCGGUUAUUUGCGAAUCCGGACGAGUUUUUGUAUGGGGUCAAAACCAGUACAGUCAGCUGGGCCUUGGAUCGACGGAUCUUUGUCAGAAGCCAUCCUGUGUGCGUACCUUGAAGCGGCUUAAACAACGGGUGCGAGAUGUACGAUUCGGUGGAAACGGGUACGGAUUGUUCUUGACAGAGGACGGCAAAGUCUUCUACAGCGGCAAAAACGUGUUCCCAUUCAACGCGAAGGUGGCAUCCCUCUAUGAGGUGGACAGUCUACGAAAAUGCUGUCAGGACAACAGCGAGUAUACCAACCUCCCCGUGCAGUUAACCGAAUUCGCUGAAUGUUUGGAAAAGGAAGACGAGUUGCUGGUGGCGAUUGCGGCAGGAUUUUGCCACUUCGUUGCUCUGAGCAGUGCUGGGAAUUGUUUUGGUUGGGGCCAUAAUAGCCACCAACAAUUGGGCGGAGUCGAUUCGUUGAAAAUUCUGACCAGACCAGAUCGUGUUGGGGUGGAGGAACGCGUGAUACUGGUGGAAUGUGGGAACUACUGUACGUUGAUGGUUUCCGAGUCGAACAAGCUGUACUUGAGUGGAAAGUUUCAGAAGAUUACGAUUCCGGUGGUAAAGGAACUGUCUACGGUUCAGCUUCCGCGUAAAGUCACGUCUAUGCAAAUAACAAAAAAUGAUUUGGUUUAUCUUUUACUGGAAGGAAACCAUGUAUACCGUUGCAAUCGUGUUCAAAAGAUCGAUGACCUCCAAUUCAAUCGAAUGGAUCAAUUUGAUCAGUUUCUCAACGAUAAUGAAUGCAUCACUCAAAUAGCAUCAGCUGACCAUUUCACGUCAUUUGCAACCAAUCAAGGCCGCUUGCUGACAUCUUACGACGAUGAUAGUCCUUUCACACCUUCGGAUCACUUUCGAGAGCUUGUUAAAUUCAAAGAUUUUCACGUCGCCAGUGUCGCUAGUGGACUGGAACACUCCUUGGUGCUAGCUUUCCCCAGGCAGAUCGAAACACCAAUGAUCGAGAUUGAUUUCUGCGAAGCUGUGGAAACUAUCGAAGCAGCGAUCUGCAACGAAGAGCAAAAGGUCCGUAAUGGAACACCAAUGCCACCGCCACGAAUCGAGCUGAACGAUGAAUUCAUUCGAGAGGAAAAGAGGAGAUUACGUCACGAACGGAUCGCACAGGAACUGUCCAAAGACGAAUGCAUCCAAAUCGAAACCGGCGAGGCGAAGGUACGCUUUAUCGACAACGGAGUGGAUAUAACUUCAAUGGUGGUCGUUUCGGAGGACCAAAAUACCCUUGGGGAGCAUAUGAUGAACGAGAAAAAUCGCUUGGAUCCGAAAUAUGCGUCGCACAGUGAAAUCAUGCGGGACAAUUUGCUGCAAGCGAAAACCCCCACACCGAACAUUAGCCAGCUGAUAGACUACAGUGACGACGAGAAUGGAAGCAUCUCGUCCCAAUCGACCUUCAAUGAUGAAGACGAAAUGACCCAACCUUAUACUCCGGCAAAGGCCAAGGGUGAAAAGCAUCCAUCGGGUAGCAAUGAUCCGAACAACAACCAGGAUGAAGACCGGAAGCUGAGCGUUGAGAGCAAAAGCAGUCAAGGAAGCACCGCCUCGCGCACUAGGAUGAAACAGUUCCUUCGGGGUCUAAAAGCAAAAAGUAUGGAUGUGAGUUGUCGCAACGCUGGGACGGUUUUAAAUGAUGGUAAGUUGAAUAACUUCCUUACCUUUGAGUGUGUGAUUGAAGUCUUUCCUAAUUUCAGACAAGAAAUACUCGAAGGAUGACCAGGAAAUACGACCAGAAGAUCGUGCCUCAAAAGUGUGUAGCUUGAUGUAAUGAUUUAAGCACCAUAUUUAGCAUACAUUCCUCAAGAUAACUGAUUUUUAUAAUAAACGCACUGAACUAGCAUUCACAAGUUAACGCGAAUCAUUUUGUUUACAUUAUCACAUCAUAACCAACGAUGUUGAUUCCUUUCUGCGGAGGAAUGGAAAUUUG